GGCGCACUUCUGGUGCAUACGGUAAUACGGGAGAGUGGGCAAAGGGUCGUACAGCUUAUUAUUUUAUUUUCCUUCUUACUUACCUAGUACUCUUGCGAGAUUCACCUGCACUUCGGUGUGUGUGUGUGGUGUAUGGUGUAUCAGUUGACGAGAGAGAAGAGCCGAUUUUGGAAGAACGCAGGCCAAACCCCGGACGAGAAAAAGUUACCAACUCUUCCGCCCUCCGCUACCCGUCAUAUUCUUCGUUUGUUUUUACCACUUUCUCCGACCUACGAUCGAAGUUCGAAGUUUUAAACAGUAAAUCGACCUGAAGAAUGCAUGGACCAAGGAAUUUGGUAGUUUUCCCGUUAUAGGCCGGAAAUAAUGAGAGUUGCAAUACGGGAACAGUUGGCAGCCCUCGUGCUGCUCGCUGUAUUGAUCGGCCUCGCCAUCCUCUCUAUACCAACAUGGAUCUACGUCAACCGCUUCGUUGUUGGUGUGGAAACAUCUGGGCUUUCAUUAACGGCAUCUCUCAAAGCUGCCCAGGUUGCCUCUGAGAUCGAAUUGAUUCAGACAACUUGUAACCAUAUAGCUACCAGGUUGCUUCUCCAACAAGCGCUUGUAUCAUUUUAUGUCGGAAAUGACACCGAAAAUAUUUGGAGUCAAGCCGCUGCCGAUAUUUCGAGUGCCCUCCUCUCCCGCUCUGGAGUUUCCAGCAAUCUCAUACAGGCAAGGCUCUAUUCGCGGAAUCAAACCGGUGGCGACCGACCCGAUGGACUUUUCAGUGUCACCGGUAGUAACGUCUCCGAGAUCAGGCUGCCUUACAAGGCGGCUGAUGGGUCUCAAGCCAUCUUAGGUGACAAUUCUUCGGGCUACCCUCCUUCGUUGUACCCGAAUAUUACAUAUUACAAUUCCACAGAUCCCGAUCCUGGUUAUCCGAAUCACACUGCCGUCGUUGCCCGACCAUUCCCGGACAUCCGAAUUGAUUCGAGUGUGGAUGGGUUGGUAUUGGGGCCGUUGGUUGUCAAUGAGAGCUUCGCACUAAUCUCAUUAACCAUACCGAUUCGAAGUAUCGUACGGGACGAUGUGAUACUCGGGUACAUGACGACUGUUGGGGAGGCCACGUCGCUUGUUAAUAUCGCGAGGUCCAAGGAAGGUCUGGGCGAUACGGGAUCCGUAUUACUCGUGGGUCCUUCAACUGGAUGGAAUCGCUUUAGCAAGUACAAUUUGCCAGCAAACUCGACUCAUCCGGCGGCGUCCAAUUUUUCGGACGUUGAUGUCAAAUUCGUUCUACCGCCGCGAGCUAUGUCCCGUCAAGCCGACAGGCAUUCGCUGCAUAAUUAUGCGUCCGGAAAUUAUUACCAAUCUUUCAAGGUCUCGCUAUAUGACGCCGUAUAUAAGGCCUUCACACAACAGAACCCAGCGGUAAACAACGCUAGCAGUUUACUUUCCACUAAAAAUGAACAAGGGAUUUCUGUCGCUGUCGGCUAUGCCCGCCCGCAGACUACUUUGGUGAAUUGGACACUCAUAAUCGAACAGGACAAAGCAGAGGCGUAUAUUCCAAUCGAGACUCUUCAACAUAUCCUCCUCGGUUGCGUCUUCGGGACUAUGGGGCUUACUCUCCUCCUGGUUAUACCAUGUGCCCACCUAAGCGUUCUACCAAUUCGGAGGUUAAAAGCUGCCACCGAAAAAUCAAUUGCGCCUCCAGGCUAUGCUGAAGCUUAUAUGGACGAUCUAGAUUAUGACGACGACGACCACCCUGGAUCUAGUAGCAUGAGUCGAAAGUCGAAUCACGGAACUAUGGUCCGAUUGAGACGAUUCAUUCGGAAGCAUACGCGAUCGAGGCCCGCCCCCUCAGUGCACGAUAGCGAACCAGCAAGGCGAAUUUUCAAAAUUCCUGGCAAAGUCAACGACCGGAAACAUCUCAUAACGGACGAACUUACAGAACUCACCACGACUUUUAAUGAGAUGAGCGACGAACUCCUAAAGCAGUACACCUCUUUGGAAGAAAAAGUUGCGGAGAGAACACAUGAGCUCGAGAUUAGUAAGAAGGCUGCCGAGGCUGCUAAUGAAAGCAAGACUUUGUUCAUCGCAAAUAUUUCGCAUGAGCUUAAAACACCUUUGAACGGUAUCUUAGGCAUGUGCGCGGUUUGUAUGGAGGAAGAUGAUUUGAAUCGGGUCAAACAGUCUCUGAAAACCUUGUACAAGUCCGGUGACUUGCUUUUGCAUCUCCUUGAAGAUCUGUUGAGUUUCUCGAAGAAUCAGAUUGGACAGCAAUUGAGUCUCGAAGAGAGGGAAUUUCGGCUGGGAGACAUUCGUUCACAGGUUGCGACCAUUUUCGAUAAACAGGUCCGUGAAGGAUCAAUCGAUUUUUCAGUUGCUUUCUUAAGCACCGAACCCGAAACCGAUCCGAGCUCCGAACGAACUGAAAUGGAUGAGAAACUCCCAGCAAUCGGUCCUCUUGGAACUGGUAGGCUCAAGGAUAUGUGCUUGUGGGGCGAUCAGCAUCGAAUUCUGCAAGUGCUCAUCAAUCUUGUGAGCAACAGUCUCAAGUUCACACCAGCUGGAGGGAAGGUUUCCGUUAGGAUAAAAUGUCUGCGCGAAAUAGAACCAACCUUUGACGAGAGUAGGACUUCGUCCAUGUCGAAAGCCGGCUCCGGUCGCCCGGGUAGGGGGAGAGGCAGAAUGGGAUCGGGGUCGAACAGAUCCAAGAGUUCAAACGAAAUGUCAAUUUCUCGCGGCACAGCCUUAUCAAUCAAUCCAAUGGAUCCCAAAGCAAUACCCCACGUACGAAUCCGUGAGAGAUCACCAACACCGCCGCCACCAAGCGCAAAGUCGUUCCUAUUCGAAUUUGAGGUUGAGGAUACUGGCCCGGGCAUCCCGGAGCAUAUGCAGCAACGCGUUUUCGAACCGUUCGUUCAAGGUGACCUCGGUCUUAGUAAGAAGUUCGGAGGAACUGGUCUUGGUCUGAGCAUUUGCCAACAGCUGGCGAAUUUAAUGGGGGGGAGCAUCUCGCUGAAAAGUGCCGUCGGUGCCGGUACCACAUUCACUAUGCAUAUUCCCCUCAAGUACACCAAAGACAGGGCUUCAAGCACAGCCUCUAGCAGUAUCAAAUCGCGCCCGCCUAGCAUUAGCAGCACAGCCGAAGUGAUUUCCAGGAAAAAUUCCCUGACGUUAUCGCAGACCACAGCCGAAGUCAAAGCUACCGUCCUCGAUCAGCAGCCACGUCUCGUCGGGUUAAGCCAACCUUUCUUUGCAACCGGUCCCAGGUCCAAAUCAAAGGAGCCUAAUUCAAACUGCCGAAUGAAUGCCAUCGAAAUGGCUAAAGCCAGCAAAGGCGGAGGAAAGCUGCGAGUUCUUGUCGCCGAGGAUAACCCUACGAACAUUGAGGUUGUUAGCAAGAUGUUGAAACUAGAAGAUGUGUACGAUGUGACAAUUGCUAAGGACGGACAGGAGGCAUACGAAUUGGUGAAGACGAAUAUGGAGAAUAAUCUUCACUUUGAUUUGAUCUUCAUGGAUAUUCAAAUGCCUAAUCUCGACGGUCUACAGAGCACACGCUUAAUCCGGAAGAUGGGAUAUUCGGCACCGAUUGUUGCCCUGACUGCAUUCUCGGAGGAAAGCAAUAUCCAAGACUGCAUGGAAUCGGGGAUGAACGAAUUCCUUAGCAAGCCCAUCCGCCGACCAGCAUUGAAACUGGUUCUCAAGAAAUUCGCUACUAUUCCCGAGGAGCCCGAGACAACUUCUCAACUGAUGAAGAGUACCGCUAAAAAGGAUGACUCAUCGGCAACUAAUCAACCGCCGAACGGCAACACCAUCUCCACUCCUUUAGACAUAGAUUCUGAACCUAAGGAGCAACCUAUUAUGAAUGGGGUACAUCCAGCAGCAGGCGCAGUAACGUGAUACUACUGCGUAUUGCUACUGUUAGCUACCUACUACUAGGUAUACAACGACCUACAAACACCGACAAUCCGUAAUAUCCUCAAUAUCAGUAUCUCUAUCUGACUUCCGAUAUGAG